AUGACAGACGAGGGCUGUACGGCGCCCUUUCGGUCAGACCAGUUCACAUUUCUUGACAACGCGACCAACAAGGAGUAUAAUCCCACGCUAUUCCAGCACCUAGACAGGUCUCAGUUGGGCGAAGACCUAGCCGCGACCGGCAGUCCGAAUGACGUGGUGUGCCCGUUCUGUCUGUUCUAUCGAGAGCAAUAUCCCCCCGUCGCAACGCGUCCUGAGUUUCAGUGCGGGCUGCCCGAGUGUGGAAGGAAGAGUUGUCGACUAUGUGACAAGGAGGCCCACGCGGGCAGGACGUGCCAGCAAGCUCAAGAGCUAGCACUGGCAGCAAGCAGGCGCAAACUGCGCGAGAGGUUCCACGAAUGUCUCAGCGAUGCGAAGAAGCGGCGGUGCAA